GAACGACAUUCGCCUGACCAGAAGAAAUGACAAUGAGCCUCAAUUGACGUUCUCAUAUAACUAUGCAAUGUGCCACGGCAGCGAUAAACGACCUCCGCAAUAACCUCAUCUAACCAAAAAUCCCCACCCUCCUCCACCCGCACCGUCCCAGCCAGCAAUGUCUCUCUCCAACAAAUUCAUCCAGCCAUGUCGCACAAGCGAGCAGCUAUGCCGCCGGUCUCUGGCUCGCACGAGACCACAGCGCCCUCAAAAGCGCCACUUCCAGGGUCGAUCAUCCGCAGCGGAAGCCGAAGUCCAAGCUGCUCAAGCCUACUGCUCAAACCUCCUACAAAAGUACGAUAGCCCAGCCUACCUCCUGCACACCUUCAUCCCGCAGCAUGCGCGCCCCAUGUACUUCGCGCUACGCGCCCUCAACGUCUCCCUCUCGCUGAUCCCGGACACGACCUCGUCGCACACGAUCGGCCUGAUGCGGCUGCAGUACUGGCGCGACGCCGUGACCAAGACGCUGGCGGGCCGUCCCCCGAAAGAGCCGAUCGCGAUCCUGCUGGCGGCGGCGAUCGAGGACCUGCACACCCGCACCGGCGGCACCGCGCGCAUCAGCAAAGGCUGGCUGACCCGGCUGAUCAACGCGCGCGAGCAGACCCUCACCAACGACCCGUACCCGACCCUCGCCGCGCUUGAAACCUACGCCGAGAACACCUACUCCACCCUCUUCUACCUGACCCUGUCCGCGCUGCCCAUGGCCUCCGUCACCGCCGACCAUCUGGCCUCCCACGUCGGCAAGGCCGUCGGCAUCGCCGCCGUGCUGCGCGGCUUGCCGCUCGUCGCCUUUCCGCAGCAGCAGCAGCAGCAGCAACAGAACCCUGGCGCCGGGGUCGGGCAGUAUAACAACAAGCAGGGCGCCGUGAUGCUGCCGCUGGAUGUGAUGGCCCAGGCUGGGUUGCGCGAGGAGGACGUGUUCCGGCAGGGGGCGGAGGCGCCGGGCCUGCGCGAUGCGGUUUUCACGGUGGCGACGCGGGCGAACGACCACCUCAUCACCGCGCAGCAGAUGUUGAGCAACCUCCGCGCCGGCCAGGAUGUGGGGCAUGAGUUCGAGCACGAGGGCGAGGAGGGCCAUACGUAUGAGCACACCCACACCCCGCAGCAGCGGGCGGAGACGCCCUUAGAGGAGGUCAACCGCGCGUUCGGCGUCUUGAUGCCGGCCAUCCCCACGCGGCUGUGGUUGGCCCGGCUCGAGAGUUUCGACUUCGACAUCUUCCGCCCGGAGCUGCUGCGCUCGGAUUGGACGUUGCCGUGGAAGGCUUACUGGGCUUUCAAGCGCAAGGCGUUGUGAUGGGAUCGGAUCGUACAGCCGUCAGUCAGGUCCUGACAGGUAGUCUAUGUAAUAUAUGUGCUAUCAUUGUUUGUCUUGCACCAUUUACUGCCCCGUACGUAAUCGUGUGAGCUUGAUGAUGUUGGGCCAUGCUAUGUAACACCUGGGGUUCAUCUAUAUAAUUAAGGAAUCUUUGCAACGUAGUUAUUCUAGUUGCACCAUGGGUAUCCGAGAAA